AUGUCGAGCAAUAAUUCCAGUCCAGAAUCACCGAUAUCUCAUCCAGAUUCUGGGGAUGUUUUCCCAGAAAAGGUAGACCCAGAUUCAACCCCCAAAGCCGAAAAUACUGGAACUGGUCCGGACAUUCCCCAAGAUGCCAUUCGUAAGGAAGAGGAUGCGGUGGGGGAGGCAUAUCAUGGAUUGGCACUCUCUCUUCAUGAUUGUGAUUGGGAACAGCUUCAGAAGAAGUUUACAGAUGCCAUGGAUGAGAGAACCCAGGUAGAAAUGACUCUGCAUAGAGAAACUGCGGAGUUGCUUGAGAUGUUCAUUGCGUGGUCACAAACGACAGUCUCCUGCGACGAAGAUAGGGCAUAUAAGAGGUUCAAAACGCGAAUGAGUUUCACGCAAAACCACGAAACAAAACUCGAAGAGAAGAAAAAACACUAUGCCGAUGUUGUAAAGGCAUUUGAAAAUGCUCUAGCGCUCCUACUGGAACGGUCUCGUGGAAAAGUGCAGCCUCACCGCUUUUCGUUGUUCUGCCACUCCAAGUCCUCGUUGCCUACGAAACCUCCAAGAAGCGAUGCCAGUGCAUUUAUUGCUUUUAAGUUGCUGUUCGCAUUUCUACUAUUAUAUCUUGUUUAUACCAAUGGAAAUAUGGAGGGUGAACCAUCCAAAGAUGAUGUUGCUCUUUUGGAGCGCCUGAAUGCUCUGAAACCAUCCAGCGUCCAGCUGGGGCGAACACCUCUCCCCAUUGAAUUUUCGGAUACAGAUGCGCAGGAAGCACCGGUUGGCGACUUGUCGACGCGUUUCAUCGGACUUGGUACCUCCACUUCAUUUGGGCCAUCUGAACUCCAGCAAGACGAUAUAGGCUCUUUCAUUACAUCUGGAGAUGAGAUAGAAGGACUUCUUUCAGACCUGCAAAGCAAGAUCUGGGGAAAAUCCCAAGAGCUAGAUAAUGCAGAGGAUGUCGAAUAUUUGCUGAGGGAGGCUAGGGGGUUUUUACAUUCUGCUUCCCAUUACCAGGACCUGAAAGGCCAUAAGAUAGGGACGCUGGUGAUUACCUCCAAAAGGGUUCUUGAUGAGGUCAGUGCGGAGGAUGAUCCAACAAAGCCGGCAGGGUCAUCAGCCCCCGCUCCCUUCGAACCCAAAACGCCCGACAAAACCACAACCCAAAGCAUUUCAAAGCCAGAUACAGAAGCAUCCGCACCUCCGUCAACCCCACUAUCAUCUAUCCUAGAACUCCCCGCAACCCCAUCCAGCAUUAUUUCCCCACAACGACACAAACACCAACCCGAACUAGAUACCACCUCACCAGACCUCCCUUCCGCCCCGAAGUUUGCACCCGCAGAAUGCCCUAUCCAUAUCAUUAAUAAUCGUCACAGCAGACGCUGCAAAGACGUCGAUGAUAAUUUGAAGUCUUUUUGGUGUUGUAUUUGCAGUGACGAUGCGACGAUAAAAUGCCUUGAUUGCGAUGCGGAGUUGUUGUAUUGUAUUCGUUGUUGGAGGGAGAUGCAUGUUGAUGAAGGGAGUGUGGAGGAGAGGGGGCAUCGGAAAGUAAAGUUUGAGAGGGAGAGGUAA